CCUUGCAGUCACUUUGAGUGGGAUGGCUGGAAUCAGAACCAGAGUCUUUCAAUAGUUCAACCUGCGAACGUUCUGGAGGAGGCGUGGUCUGCCGCGUAAUUUAUCGCUAAAUCCGAAUUUGGCAUAUAAAUGCAGGGAGCGCUCGUAUUUGAGAUAUUAUACAGGUAACUCUCUCGACUUUUUGUUGGAUGUACGAUACUUUACCCGGGCAAACUUUCUUAUUACGAAAGUUUUGGCUCCUGUUAUGAGAGAUGUCAUAAAUCUUAGGAUGUAUGAAGAGUAGCUUUCAUUCGGCUGGAAUAAAACUUUUGGAGUUGGACAUUGUUUCCUGGGGAUAGUUGACCAGAUUUAACAACAGUGUUCGGUGAAAGCCAACAGAAUACAGAUUUUUGUAUUGAAGGCUUGAGAGGCUGAUCAGUCAUUAUGAAGUGUGGAACUCAGGACUGGCUACGAGGGUUUGGGCUGCUAUUCUUUGUGCAAACAGUACUUUCUAUGGUGAUCCCUAACUCUACUCACCUGGAGAUGUUACUGGAGAAGUAUAUGAACAAAGAUGAUGAGUGGUGGGUGUCCAAACAGCGAGGGAAGAGAGCCAUCACUGAGGGUGAUAUGCACCUCAUACUCGAUUUGCACAACAACCUGAGAGGUCAAGUUUAUCCUCAAGCUUCAAAUAUGGAGUAUAUGGUUUGGGAUACAGAUCUGGAGAGGAGUGCUGAGCACUGGGCACACACCUGCCUGUGGGAGCAUGGACCACAACACAUGCUAACUCAGAUUGGACAAAACCUGGGUGCCCACUGGGGAAGAGACCGACCACCAACAUUUCACGUUCAGGCCUGGUAUGAUGAAGUGAGAGACUACAGCUAUCCCUAUCCACAGGAGUGUAACCCACACUGCCCUUUCAGAUGUUCUGGUCCUGUCUGCACUCACUACACACAGAUGGUUUGGGCAACAAGCAGCCAUAUUGGAUGUGCUAUUAAUGUGUGCUACAACAUGAAUGUGUGGGGCAUGAUUUGGACUAAAGCUGUGUACUUGGUUUGCAACUACUCACCGCCGGGAAACUGGUGGGGGCAUGCCCCAUACAAACAUGGCAGCCCGUGCUCUGCCUGUCCGCCCAGCUACGGUGGAGGCUGUAGGGAUAAUCUCUGCUAUACAGAGAAUGGAGUAGACCGACGUCCUGCCCCUGAACUAGAGGAGACAAACUACAUCGAGCCGAAGGCCCAAGAGCCAAGGUCGAGACCGCAACCCCCAAUACCAUCACUCAAUGACAACAUGGAGAGGAAUGAGGUGGUCAGCACAGUGCAAAUGUGUCAACAGAUGGACUGUGAGACAAAGCUGCGUGAUCGUUGUAAAGAAACCACUUGUAAUAGGUACGAGUGUCCUCCUGGAUGCUUGUCCAGCCCAGGAAAAGUCAUAGGGACUGCGUAUUAUGAUAUGCAAUCAAGUGUUUGUGGAGCUGGUUUACACGCUGGAAUAAUAGACAAUGAUGGAGGCUGGCUGGAUGUUACAAGACAAGGAAGAAAACCACAUUUCACAAAGUCAUACAAAAAUGGAAUUCAGUCUCUUGGGAUGAACAGGAGUGCAAAUGCUUUCAAAGUAUUCUCUGUACCAGUAAAGGCAGUACCGUGUGAGACCACUGUUGCACGGUUCUGUCCCUACAAAAGACCUGCACGGCACUGUCCAAGGUUGUAUUGUCCCCGCAAUUGUCUGCAUGAGACCCGUGCCAGAGUCAUUGGAACACAAUAUUAUUCGGAUAAAUCCAGUAUAUGUCGAGCAGCCAUCCAUGCUGGUGUAAUUCAGAAUGACUCAGGAGGCUACCUGGAUGUGCAACCCGUGGACAAGAGGAGACAGUACAGCGGUAGCUAUCAGAAUGGAAUCGCUUCAGAAAGCCUACAGAAUCCCUCAGGUGGCAAAGCAUUCAGAGUAUUUGCAGUCAUUUGAAUUCACAUUGCAAGGACACUGGCAGAAAGGUACGGGAUGAAAAAGAGCACUUGUCAUUUCACGUCCAGUAAUCACAUUGCUUAUGGUUUCCUUCUCUUGCCAAGCUGCACAACCUAUUUAAAGAUAUACAUUUGAACAGUGUAUCUUUAAGCUUGUUUAUUUGAUGUAUAUAAUAUGUUGUAAAUAAGUUGAAUGUAAAAAUGUUAAAGCAAUCUCUCAUAGAUAUUUGUAUCAGAACAGAAAAAUAUGUACGGUAAUGUGCAUGCAUAGUAAAUGUUUUCAUUCUAUGAUAUUUAAAAUGUAUUGUUUUUAUUUUAUUUUGUAUGCAUAUUUUUAAGUAUUUUAUACGUUUUGAUGGCUGAUGUUGUAUUUCAUGAUACAAAAUGUAUAGUCUUUAUUCAUAGAUUUUUACAGUUCAAGCCUGGCUGGCCAGGAGUGUCAGAAAAUGUCAUAGCCUGAACCGAAAAGGGUGUGAGACAGCCGAAAUAUGCAUUAUUUAUUUACAUUUAUAAAUAAAUCAAUGGUAAAUUCUGAAAAGACAGAGCAUUCUUUCAUUCAA